ACGGUGUCCCUUGAUUGUGUUCCGGAGUCUCUGUACUUUUCUGUCAGCAGCUCGUUGUGUCCGCGCGGCGUUUUGGUCAUUGUUUGUUUGUUUGUUGUUUUGUUUUGUUGACGUCACUGUGACGCUGCAGCGCGUAACCGUUCAGCACGCGGCUGUUUACUCACGGAGAGUCCGACCGGAACCGGAACCGGCACCGUGGCAAGGUUACCACGCCUCAUCCAGGUCUCCCAGUACCCCUCCCAGUGUACCCAGGAUCCUACGCCUCCCAGUGGACCCAGUACCCUACUGCCUCCCAGUGGACCCAGUACCCUACUCCUCGCAGUGGACCCAGUACCCCUCCCAGUGUACCCAGUACUCUACUCCUCGCAGUGGACCCAGUACCCCUCCCAGUGGACCCAGUUCUCUACCCCUCCCAGUGGACCCUAACCUAACCCUCCCAGUGUACCCAGUACUCUACUCCUCGCAGUGGACCCAGUACCCCUCCCAGUGGACCCAGUUCUCUACCCCUCCCAGUGGACCCUAACCUAACCCUCCCAGUGUAGCGUAACCCCCCGCGCCGCGCCAGUAUGAGCGUGCAGCCCCGGAGGAUCCGGCUGAAACCUUGGCUGCUGACCCAGGUGAACAGCGGCAGGUACCCGGGUCUGCAGUGGAUCAGUCCAGACCACCGACUCUUCCAGAUCCCUUGGAAACACGCUACCCGCCACACGCCAGCCGCUGCAGAAGAGGAACACACCAUCUUCAAGGCGUGGGCUGUGGAGACAGGGAAGUACCAGGACGGCGUGGACGAGCCCGACCCCGCCAAGUGGAAAGCGAACCUCCGCUGCGCUCUGAACAAAAGUCGAGAGUUUCAGCUGAAAUACGACGGAACCAAGGAGACCCCGGUCCAGCCCUACAAGGUGUACGAGGUCUGCGAUCAGGGCGGGAAUGCAGACGCAGCGGAUGAUGAUGACGAGGAGAUGCCCAAUCUGAUGGAGCUCUCCCUCAACCCGCGGCCCAGCGACCCCCCCCUCUUCAGCUGUGGGCCCCACGCAGACGUCCGUCCCUUCAGGCUGUCCUCCGACGGGACGUUUAGUCCCGUGACCCCCGGCCUCCCCAUGACCCCUGACGUCCAGGUUCAGUGUGAGGGGGGGUGUGGGCAGAGCUUUGUCUCUCUGCCCCCCCCGGCUGAGUCCGCCCCCCCUUGCCCUGCCCCCAUGGAGGCCAGCAGCAUACACGACGUCCAUAACCAGACGCACUGCAAGUACGACCUGCUCAGCAGCGUCCCGCUAACGGACUUGGAGCUUAAGUUCCAGUACCGCGGCCGGCCCAUGGGUUCCCUGACCGUCAGUAACCCCCAGGGCUGCCGGCUGUUCUUCGGGCUGCUGGAGCCCACCCCGGACCAGGUGGACCUGCUGGGCCCCGUCAGCCUGCAGCAGGUUCGAUUCCCCGGCACCGGUGAGCUGCAGAGCCACAAGCAGAAGUUCUACACGGACGCCCUGCUGGACGCCAUGGAGCGCGGCCUCAUCCUGGAGCUGUGUCAGCAGGACCUGUAUGCCAUGCGCCUCUGCCAGUGCAAGGUGUUCUGGUCCGGGCCGGGGGUGCCCCCCCACGCCGGCCCCAACCCCCUGGAGCGGGAGAAGAGGAUCAAAGUGUUCAGCCUCAACGACUUCCUGCAAGGGCUGAUCCUGUUCCACCGGGGGGAGGCGGCCGCCCCCCCGCCCUUUGACCUGUUCUUCUGCUUCGGGGAGGACUGGCCCGACAACAAGCCCAGAGAGAAGAAGCUCAUCAUCGUGCAGGUGGUACCGGUGGUGGCCCGGAUCCUGACGGAGAUGUUCUCUGGGGAGCUGAGCUGGUCCACCGACAGCAUCCGGCUCCAGAUCUCAAACCCGGACGUCAAGGACCAGACGGUGGAGCAGUUCAAGGAGCUGCAGAGGCUGCUGCAGAACCAGCACAUCCAAGGCCCCUGGGCUGCUGCCGGGCCCUGAACGCAUCAUCCUGGGGCCCCCACCGGGCCCUGAACGCAUAAUCCCGGGGACCUGGGCCCCCGCCUGGCCCUGGGCUGCCAGGCCCUGAACACACCAUCCUGGGGCCCUGGGCCCCUGCUAGGCCCAGAACAUAUACAGUGUGUAUACAUAUAUGUACACAUACAUAUAUACACACAGUAUAUACAUACAUAUAUAUCUCGCUAACACUCGGAGGAAUUAUACAAGUUGUAUUAAUAUCAAGACUUCCAGAUCUGUGUUCAGGGUUUCAAUAAACAGUAUUCAUUCAUA